AUGCAAAUGCUGAAGUCAUGGAAAGCUGAUCAUGACAACAGACUAACUAACAUGGAAAAUAGUCUUACAAAUAUAAAGAAGAUAAAUACAGACAUAGAAAAGUCACUGGAAUUUAUAUCUCAGAAAUAUGAGGAUAUGCAAAACAAAAUAAUAACGCUUGAAAAACAAUGUAAAGAUAAUCAUAAAUACAUUAUGUCUCUGGAAGAAAAAGUUGAGGAACUCUAUCGAAAUAGCAGAAGAAAUGGCAUAGAGAUACGUAAUAUUCCUGAAAAAGAAAAAGAAAACAAAAACGAUUUAACGCAAUUACCUAGUGAUCUACCUCUCGAAAACAUUAAAUAUUAA